CCCUUUGAAGAAAUCCAAAAGUUAUGUUUUAACAUAUACGUAUGUACAUAUGAAACAUGUACAUAUAUGUAUAAAAAAAUGAAAAGUAGUGGUGGUAAAGUUGUUAAAAAAAUGUGAAAAAAUUGCUUCGAUUGUUUGGCAGAGUUUUACACGAGCAAGCGUAGAUGAUUAUUAGAAUUGCGAGCACAAUAAUGGUGACGGUGACUACAACAAAAAAAACGCCAGUUAAAACCACGCCUUUCUCCUAUGCAACAUGUUGAUAUAUUCUUAAACAAAAACAACGACAAUUCGAUUAAAAAACAGUUACGAUAAGAGCAACAUUAACGUGAUAAUUAACAAAGCGAUGAAAGCUAUUUUAAAUUUCAUAUCUUCACCGAAACACCAUUUAGGCGUUUCAUCCAAAUGAUUCAGAGUUAUUUCGCAUAAUUCCAGCUUGAUAUCCACGAAGAGCAUAAAUAAAAGAUGUUGCUCAUAAGUGCGCUCGCACUAGGCUUGGUGGACACGACAAAUUAUAAUGUGGGCAUUCACUUGGGUGUAUUUAAUUUGGCGACAACGGCGGUAGCUGCAGCUACUACAGUGGCGAUAAAUACAGCGGUCGCUGCGGAUGAUGUGGAUACUGUGAUAGGCGGUGGCGCGAUGCCCAUGGCAGCCACAGCAAAUGGGGAGUUAGAGAGUUCCCAAGUGAACGCUCUGACAGCAGGGACCGUUAGUGGCACUUCCAUAGCGCAUACAACAACAUCGGUUGGGAGCAGUGCGGGUAGUGGCACCAUCACAUGGGACAACAAUGGUACUCUUCGGUCACUUAAUCCAGGCGAUUGGUCGAUUGAACAAUGCGUGAUUUGGCAAAGACCUCAUCAUCUUUAUUUCCAAUUGGGAAAUGCCUUCUUUUUACUGGCAUUUCUGGCGCCACACGGACCUUUCGGCGCACUGUGGUUACGCGCGCUCAUUCUCAUCGGGUGCACACUGAUGGCAAUGUAUGGCUACCUGGUGGAGUGUAAACCCGAUGUAGUACUUUGGUCUGGACUAUUUUUCGUGGUCAAUUUUAUUUACCUGAUUAUUGUGCUGUGUCGGUUACGGCCGGUUCGAUUCGAUAAGGAAAUUGAGGGGGUGUACGCCAGCUUAUUUAAGCCACUCCGCGUGACGAGGCAUCAAUUCAAAAAGAUAUUGAAUUGUAUGAAACUAAUACGAUCGUUGAAGUACCAGGAGGUGUAUGCACAGGAGAAAGUUACCAAAGUUGAUAGCUUAUCACUCGUACUGUCUGGGAAAUUGGUUGUAUCACAGAACCAAAGAGCUUUGCAUAUAGUAUUUCCUCAUCAGUUCCUAGAUUCGCCCGAAUGGUUUGGAGUCUCUACUGACGAUUAUUUUCAAGUAUCUAUAAUGGCUAUGGAAGAGUCACGUGUUCUUAUUUGGCAUCGUGACAAAUUAAAAUUAUCUAUAAUGGCCGAACCGUUUUUACAAUCGGUCUUCGAUCAUAUUUUGGGGCGGGAUGUCGUUAAAAAGCUAAUGCAAGUAACUCAGGUGAGUGAGUCUAUAGCAAGUAACGGGUUUUUGCCAUCGGGCAAUUAUGACGAUGCAGAAGACAAACCAAUGUUGAUUAUGAAGAAAAAUGUGGAAGGUCAUGGACUAACGGCAUUAAUAAAUCGCCAACUUCAAGAAGAGCAUGUACCAUUACUUGGCCGUACCUAUAACACC